AGUCUUUUAUUUGAUUAACAUCAUAGCUUGUUUGGAAUCAUCACUCAAUCUUUUAUUUUAAUUGCAUUGGCUAUCAUGCUUUAAUGAUCUUUUCAACUCCUCCUUUUCCUUAGUUGCAUAGCAAAUAAAAAAACAAGUCCCUUCCCUUGUGUGAUUGAAAUUUGAUCAUAAAAUGGGGGAUUUGAUCAUCGGUCCGAGGUUGUACGGAUGCUACAAAUGCAGAAACCAUGUGGCCAUCCAUGAUGAUAUUGUUUCAAAGUCGUUUCAGUCGAAAAAUGGAAGGGCCUUCCUCUUCUCGCACGCGCAAAACGUGUAUUCGGGUAGAAAGGAGGAUCGGCAGAUGAUGACGGGGCUGCACUUGGUGGCGGACGUGCACUGUGCCGAUUGCAGAGAGGUUCUUGGUUGGAAGUAUGAGAAGGCUUACGAGGAAUCCCAGAAAUACAAGGAAGGCAAAUUUGUGCUUGAAAAAUUCAAGAUUGUUAAAGAAAAUUGGUAGCUGUCCUUUGGGAUUUGCAUAUAUAAGUAUUUCUUUCACUAUGUAUAUACACUUCUGUCACAAUUAAAAUUGUAAUUGUAAAGUUGCCAACUGGUAAAUACUAGUUUUAUGUUUCUUCA